AUGAUAUUGUGGCCGAACUGGUGGAAAAGGCCGCAUAACAGGAAGCUGGAAUCAGUGAGGAAGCCAAGGUGUUUGGCACAGUGGCGCAUGUCCAUCCUGAGUCGGAAAUUUCCUUGGUCCGCAAAUUCAUGCGAGGACUCAGGGUCGAUCUCCGAACUCGUUGAAGCUGGAAUCAGUGAGGAAGCCAAGGUGUUUGGCACAGUGGCGCAUGUCCAUCCUGGUAAGCAUGCGGGAAAGAAUCAAAAGCCGGUGAAGGCUGGCUCUUCCAGCAAGCCGAAUGCAACAGGUUGCAGUGGGCGUUCGACUUGCGGGAAGAUGCACUCUGGUGUAUGCCGUGCUGCUACGGGAGCUUGUCACCGUUGCGGAAGUAUGGAUCACAAGGUGCAUGAUUGCCCUGAGGAAGAUCUAAGGCCGAAGAGCCAGAACAAGGGUGCUGGGGAACGUGUGUGCUACAACUGCGGCGAAACGGGGCACUACAAGAAUCAGUGUCCGAAGGACGCGCAAUCUUCUGGGAAGCGUCCGAGUGAUGGGCCUCAGCCGGCGGAAAAGAGGCAGUCCAUCAUGCCGCGGGUGUACACAAUCGGUGAUGAGUCAAUGGACCCACGCACGUCUCGUCCGAUCACUGGGACCUUAGUCAUGGGUGGAGUGGUAACCUAUGUUCUGUUUGUUUCCGGUGCAUCUCACUGCUUUGUGCAACUCGAGAUGAUUGGAAUUGGGGAAUUUCAGAAAGAACCAGAAGAAGAAGUAAGACUGGUUCGGGCGGCUGGUGGUCAGAUCAUGUACACUUCAGAGAAAAUCCGAAACGUCUCUGUGAUGAUCGGAGGAGUGAACAUGCCAGCCGACUUGGUCGUUUGCCCAGUGAAAUCAUACGAUUUUGAAAUCGGCAGUGGAAAGCUUGUCUAUCAAGGGGCCAGACCAACCAAUGGGUGUCUGAUCAUUUCAGCACUUCAAGCAGAAAGAAUGCUGGAAAAUGGAUGUGAGGCUUAUCUGGCUGCAAUCAAAACUGUGGAAGUCGGACCUGAUGCUGAGUUGGAAGGGAUUCUGAUUGUAAAGGAGUAUGAUGACGUGUUCGAAUCCUUGACAAGAUUACCACCGGACCGUUCUGAUCCUUUCACGAUUGAGCUUUAG